UCCUCCAUUCUACUUUUCUCCUCCCGGAAUUUUCUCUGGUCCUUGAUAAAGAAUCCUCUUUCCUCUCUCCUCUCGACCUUUAUUGAAUUAAUUCCCCCUACCCAAGGUACACUCCAAUUCCUUAUCUACCGAUAAUCUACACUGGAGCUCCGUCGACGUCAUUUCUUCCUCACUGCUCUCUGAUAAACAAUACGAAAAGAAAAGAAAAGAAAAGAAAAGAAAAGAAAAGAAAAUGCUCUCCCAACCCCCCCUAUACAUCGGAUUCGACCUCUCCACCCAACAACUCAAAGGUAUCGUCGUCAAUUCCGAGCUGAAAGUCGUCUACGUCUCCAAAUUCGACUUCGACGCCGACUCGCACGGCUUUGGAAUCAAAAAGGGCGUCCUCACCCACGAAGCCGAACAUGAGGUUUUCGCUCCUGUCGCGAUGUGGCUGCAGGCCCUGGAUGCCGUGCUGGCCGAUCUCCGCAGGCAGGGGCUGGAUUUUGGCCGCGUCAGGGGCAUCAGUGGUGCCGGGCAGCAGCAUGGAAGUGUUUACUGGGGGAAGGAUGCCGAGAGGUUGCUCGGCGGAUUGGAUGCGGGGAGGACGCUGGAGGAGCAGUUAGACGGGGCAUUCUCGCACCCGUAUAGUCCCAAUUGGCAGGAUGCGAGUACACAGAGGGAGUGUGAUGAGUUUGAUGCGUUUUUGGGUGGCACGGAGGAGUUGGCGCUUGCGACGGGGAGCAAGGCGCAUCAUAGAUUCACAGGUCCUCAGAUUCUGCGGUUCCAGAGAAAAUAUCCUGAUAUCUAUAGAAAGACCACGAGGAUCUCGCUCGUGUCCUCGUUUCUGGCCUCGUUGUUCCUGGGCCAUAUUGCUCCCUUUGAUAUUUCGGACGUGUGCGGGAUGAACCUGUGGAAUAUCAAGAAGGGUGCGUAUGAUGAAGAGCUGUUGAAGCUGUGCGCGGGCUCUUCUGGAGUCGAGGACCUGAAACAUAAGCUGGGCGAGGUGCCUGAGGAUGGUGGCUUCCACCUGGGCAAGGUUGACCCAUACUACGUCCAGCGGUAUGGAUUUAGCCCCGAUUGUACGGUCAUCCCUGCAACAGGCGACAACCCAGCGACGAUCUUGGCCUUGCCGCUGCGGCCGUCCGACGCCAUGGUCUCCCUGGGUACCUCGACUACGUUCCUGAUGUCCACGCCGAGCUACAAGCCAGAUCCGGCUACUCACUUCUUCAACCACCCCACCACCCCCGGUCUAUACAUGUUCAUGCUCUGCUACAAGAACGGCGGCCUGGCCCGCGAACUGGUCCGUGAUGCGAUCAACGAGAAAUUCGGCGACAACGACCUCCCGCAGCCCUGGACAAACUUCGACAAGGUCGCGCUUCAGACUGCGCCCAUGGGCCAGCGCACGGAGUCGUCGGACCCCAUGAAGAUGGGCCUAUUCUUCCCUCGCCCCGAGAUCGUCCCGAACCUGCGCUCGGGACAGUGGCGCUUCAACUAUAACCCCGCGGAUGGCAGCCUGCAUGAGACCAACGACGGCUGGGAUAAGCCGCUAGACGAAGCGCGCGCGAUUGUCGAGAGCCAGCUCCUCUCACUUCGUCUCCGAUCCCGCGGCCUCACCCAGAGCCCGGCCCAGGGCAUCCCUGCACAACCCCGCCGAGUCUACCUCGUGGGCGGCGGAUCCAAAAACAAGGCCAUCGCGAAAAUCGCAGGCGAGAUUCUCGGCGGCAGCGAUGGCGUGUAUAAGCUGGAGAUUGGCGAUAAUGCGUGUGCCCUGGGGGCCGCGUACAAGGCUGUCUGGGCGAUUGAGCGGAGUGAGGGACAGACGUUCGAAGACCUCAUCGGUCAACGAUGGCGCGAGGAAGACUUUAUUGAAAAGAUUGCGGACGGCUAUCAAAAGGGGAUUUUCGAACAGUACGGCAGGGCCGUGGAGGGAUUCGAAAAGAUGGAAUUGCAAGUGUUGAAGCAGGAGGCGGAGCGAAAUGCUUGAACUUGUAAUUUGACCACACACGAUGAUUCAAACCUAUAGUUAGUUAUAUAUCUCUGAUGCCCAUAAUCAAUUGAUGUAUCAAGUAGAAUUAGU